AUUUUUUACGGGGCUGUCACCGAGUCAUCAAAUAAAUCAAAACAAACACCGCAUUGAGUGAGAAAAUUUUCCAGGAACAAAGGAUUCCUGCUGAUGUGGCUCAGUGGAAGUGCCUGGAGAUGAAUUUUGUGGAGGAUUUUGUCGGGAGAGUGCUGGAAGUGGUGACUGGACAGCGAGAAAGAGGAUGGAAUCUCAUUGCGAUGAGAAAACCAACGGAAAAACUGUCCCAGGGCGAUUUUUCCUUUCCCACGGAUUUAAGGAUCUGGGGGCAGUGUUUGCUGGACAGGGACAAUGGGAAUGGAUCAGGGGAUGUAUUUUCUUACCGUGGGAUAGAUCCUGAGGAGAUUGUGAGGAGGAGUCAGGGAGAAAAGUGGGAUCUUCCUGUGGAGAGAGUUGAAGUGCAAAAAAACCGCUGUAUUGUCUUCCUGGACAGGAGGACAGCCUUCAAGAAUGUGAUUAUCAGGACUCUGAAGAGGGAUGAAGAGGAUUGUGAAGGAAUUGAGGAGAAAAGUGUCUUCGUAGAGGAGAUAUCGGAGGAUAAUCAGACCCUGACAGACUUCAGAGGAAUUCUUCUCAGGAAGGUCCUUUUAAAUCUUCUGGCCAGGUCCAGGAAAUACUCAAGAGCCCCUCAGAGGACAGAUGCAGAUAUAUCCUGCACAAUAACCUCAAAAAGUUCAGCAGAAGUCGCCUCCGGAAGCAAGAAAAUCAUUCCGGGAGUUGUUCUAGAUUCCCGGACGCGCAAAAAAUCCUCCUCAGCGACUUGGAUGGAGAUCCUGGAGGCGAAAGUGAAGGAGUGUGAAUUGGUAGCGAGGCAUAGGUAUGGAUUCCGUGGACCAGGAGGAGAUUCCCAAGCCGGAAAGAUGUUUGAGAACCUGGGAAAGGCAAUCCUGACCCUCGAGCUGGUUGAAGCUAAGCCUACGAGCCCCGUGGCCUUCGGUGGAUCAUCCAGUCGCAGUGGUUCCUUCAUCCUCUACAAUUCCGCCCGGAUGGAAACCCUCCUGGAAGCCUUCCGGACGAGAAACUUCCCGGAAACUCCGGAUUUCUCCGAAAUUGACUUUUCUCUGCUCUCAGAGCCCGAAGAAUGGAUCAUUCUCCUGAACUUCGUCGCUUCGGAGCAGUGGAUGAUCGAGAAGAGCCUCUGCGAGUUGCCUCUGGGAAGGAUAAGCCCCCAUUUGGUCUGUUCUUUCCUCCAGAGCCUCGUAACAAUUUUCAGUACUUACUACCGCCGCGUUCAAAUCCUCACAGACAACCGUCAGCAUCUCCUGCAAGUCCUGCACUGUCGGAUUGUCCUCCUUCGAGCCCUCCGGAAGGUCUUCAAUCGAACUCUGGCCCUCUUGGACAUCGCUCCCGUGGCCAAAAUGUGAUUCCUCAUGUUUCUGCAUGCUUUUGUGCUUGCUCAUGUCUCGUCACAUCCUUCAGCUCCCUUUUGGAAUGCCAAUAAAUGUUGCAAAUCCGGAAAA